AAACAGACUGGCAAAGUGUGUGUGAGAGUGUGGCGGUGUUUUCCUCCUGUCGCUCUAGCCAGAAAUGAAGUCGGAAGUUGUUGUUGACCGCAGUGGAAUGCUAGGAAAGUAAGGCUCCGCGCCGGUGGUAGGGUCCAGCCAAAACAAGUCAGUAAUGCGAAACGAAAGAUGGCUGCACAUCACCAGCCUAUUCCGAGACCGCGGGGGGCUUCGAAUGCGCUUAGUGAAGCCUCCAUACACCUCAAGAGAGGGUGGGAGAGGGCAAGCACAAGCGGCACUCUUCGCGCUCUGAGGCACGGGGCCACGCGCCUGAAACACGCAAUGUCUUUCGGGCCUCCGCAGCGUCGCUCGGCGCCUAAGGCGAUACCGAUCGAUAAGGAAGAAUGUUUCAGAGUGACAACACAGGCGUCAAAACAAGCAGGCGCGACGCGCGACAAUGCAGCAGCGACAGGAACGAGGACACGGGGCGCGACAAGGGCGACGCGAGAAAUUCCAAGACAGCGACUAACUGCAAGUGAUGCGCAGAAGGAGGUAUCGGGUUGCAGAGAGGGACGCGAGAGGGAUGAUUUUGAUUUGAUAGAAGGGCACCGGCAGCAGCAAGAUUCGCCUCCCUUCCGUCUCCCUUUCUUCCUUUAAAACCUGAAUGACUGGGCUCCUCCGGCAGAGGGACCGGCAGCGCAAGGGGUGACGCGAUGGGACCCCAAAAAAAGCACCA